CUCACCCUGGAGCUCCAGAGGACAGACCAAUGUGAAUUCCUUCAUUCACCCCUCACUGCUGCUCAGCACGUUCUCCCCAAGCAACGUUUUAAUGGCUCGGACUGAGCUCUCUGCGGGGCUUUUGCUGUUGCUGACCUGUUGCUCAGCCAAUGCACAGGGCUGGAGGAGUUGGUGGACUUGGGGGAACCUGGAGAAAACAACCUUUCCUCCCACCGAAGCUGCCAGGACUGAGGAGCAGACCGCACUGCAUCCUGGCACGCCUGAAGAGACCACCCCCCUGAAUGUGCCCGUUGAGAGCACCACCGAGCAGAAGGGAAGCGUGUGGACUGUCUUGACCCCCGGGAGACCAGACUUGACUGCUGCCACGACCACCCCUCCAGCAGCAUCCCUUUCCCAGCUGGAAGGCACAGAAGGAAACAUUACAGGGGCAGGGGCAGAGAUACUCAGCACAACUGAAGGAAGCGGGAAUUUGCUUCAGUUCGGGGAUGAGAAGGCAACUGAAGGAGCAAAGACGGAAGAAGCACCUGUGGCUGCAGAUCCUGUGACAGCACUGCCCCUCCCUGUUACGGAGCCCGUGAGCAUCCAGAACACCACUGCCAACUCCACAGGUGAUGUGCAGACCUCAGCGGAAACUGGGCAGCCUGAACUGGCUCUCGCGGUGACUACAAAGCAGGCUGUUCUGUGGAAUGAGACCCGAGUCCUCCUAAAGAAGCCUGAGAUUCCCCUCCCAGGUAGCGCUUCUUUCUCGUUUUCACCAAAUGGUCGUGAUGACAGUGGCACCACGCUGGCAUUCCAAGAAUCGACAGAUGCGGGGCAGGAAGGUGCUGCCAGCCCAGAGACAAGGGCAGCCUGGGGAGUGCUCUCAGACAGCCGAGGAACCCCGUCCCAUGGGAAUGCUUUGGAGAUGCAGGCGCCUCGGGCACCUAGCAGCAGCAUGCGUGCUGGAAUUCCAUCCAAGGUGGUGGGUGCUUUAGACAACGGGCUUCUCCGCUCUGUACUAAAUUCAUACCCAUCAGUCUCUCAUGGCAAUGGAGCCCAUAAAAACCACACCUCCCUUAGGCCUGCUGGGAUGGUGGUAACCGAUGCAAAUAAGAAUCGCUCUAGGGAUUUCGUUGUUUCUAAUUCGAGCACAACUAAUUUUAUGGAUUUUCCCCCUGCCAAUAACUCUGACUCUCUUGAGUUGCUACUAACCUACGCUAUGCAAGAUUUUAGCAAUAGUAGUGUGGGGCUUGCUUCCUUCUUUCCUGGACUGACUCCAGCAGCUGGCCACUGCUUGCCCUUACCAGGCAAGCUGUCAUAUUGCAACCACCUGGGCAUGAAGCAUUUCCGAGUGCCGAAUUAUUUGCAUCAUGGCAGUGAGGAGGAAGUUUGGGCUGCUUUGCAUGAGUGGGAGGGGCUUCUUAAAUCUCGGUGUCACCGCUACUUGGAGUGGUUUUUCUGCUUGCUACUGGUACCUGGGUGCAAUGCUUCUCUUCCAAUCGCACCUCCACCGUGCCGGGGAUUUUGUGAGGCCCUGAAAGAUCUGUGUUGGACUCAACUGAAAACAGGGCACCUUCCAAUAUCAUGCGACUCUCUCCCAGCAGAGGAUGGUGCAUAUGCAUGUGUAUUUGUUAAUGUUUCAGCAGAGAAUUUCAGCACAGAAGUUGGCCUCUUAGAGCUGAUUGGGGAUCCUCCACCGGAACAGAUAACCAAAGUGUACGGCCCAGACAACAGCCCUGGCUAUGUGUUUGGACUGGACGCCAACACGGGACAAGUGGCACGUUACCACCUACCCAGCCCUUUCUACAGAGACUUCUCACUCUUGUUCCAUGUGCAGCCCACUAGAGACAAAGCAGGAGUGCUGUUUGCCAUCACAGAUGCCUCCCAGUCCAUCAUCUACGUUGGGGUGAAGCUAUCCGAGGUAAAAGAUGGGAAACAGCAGAUCAUCUUCUACUACACAGAGCCGGGCUCCCAGAACUCCUAUGCUGCUGCCACGUUCGUCGUGCCCUCUCUCGUUGAUCGGUGGACUCGCUUUGCCAUCAGUGUGGAAGAGGAAGAGGUCAUUUUAUACAUGGACUGUGAGGAGUAUGAGCGGGUCCGUUUUGAGCGCUCGCCUGAUGAAAUGGAGCUGGAAGAUGGUUCUGGGCUUUUUGUGGCACAAGCGGGAGGAGCUGAUCCUGAUAAAUACCAGGGUGUAAUUGCAGAAUUGAAAGUGAAAGGAGACCCUCAGGCAGCUGAAGUCCAGUGCGAAGAAGAAGAGGAUGAUUCUGAUAUAAUAUCUGGGGAUGGAGGAAGUGGAGCUGAAGAAAAGCCCCGGCUACCAGAAAGGGAAAGGGUGACUUCAACGAUCUCAAGUCUACCAUUACCUCCACCCCCCACUUCUCCCCCCACUGUCAAAAAGCCUGCGCAGCCAGAGGAGAAACUUACUUUGGAAACUGAACUUACCAAGUUGGAAGCAGGGACGCCAUUUGCUUCAGGGGUUGGAGCCAAAGGUCAAAAGGGCGACCCUGGUGAAAAAGGGGAACGUGGCUCUAAAGGAGACUCUGGAGUUGGUGGAGUUUUGUCAACAAACGGUGCAAAAGGUGAAAAGGGCGAAAAAGGAGAACUGGGCAUUAAGGGAAGUGCUGGCUUUGGAUACCCAGGCUCUAAAGGACAGAAAGGCGAGCCUGGCGAUCAGGGGCCUCCUGGCCCCACAGGCCCGCCUGGCUCGCCCGGCACCAUUGUCAAGCACCCCAAUGGCUCUGUGGUAGAGCAUGUCGCAGGGCUUCCGGGACCUGUGGGCCCACCAGGACCGCCCGGGAAGGAUGGCUUGCCUGGGAAGGAUGGAGAACCUGGAGAUCCUGGUGAAGAUGGGAAACCAGGUGAUGUUGGCCCCCAAGGAUUCCCUGGAACCCCCGGGGAGCCUGGAUUAAAAGGUGAAAAGGGAGAUCAAGGCAUUGGUGUGAGAGGUCCACCUGGGCCACCUGGGCCACCAGGUCUACCAGGAGUCGGCUCUAAAUUGGACAAGUUGACAUUUAUUGACAUGGAAGGCUCUGGUUUUGGAGGUGAUUUGGAAACCCUGCGAGGCCCCCGAGGACCACCUGGGCCCCCAGGCCCUCCUGGCGUGCCCGGCUUGCCAGGACAACCUGGAAGAUUUGGGACGAAUAGUACUGACCUUCCAGGGCCGCCUGGCCUCCCUGGAGUGCCCGGCAGGGAUGGUAUCCCAGGACUUCCAGGACCUCCUGGCCCUCCUGGUCCUCCAGGAAAAGAAGGGAUCGCUGGCCAGCCUGGGCUGAAGGGCACAACUGGAGAACCAGGCGAAUUAGGCCUCCCAGGAGCACCUGGACCUAAGGGCAGCAAGGGAGAUGCAGGGGUGCCAGGAGCACCAGGGGAACCUGGCCUGGCAGGCCUGCCUGGGCCCAUGGGUCCCCGUGGACAGCCUGGGCCUCCAGGGCCAGGCUUCAUGGCUGGAUUUGAUGAUAUGGAGGGCUCAGGACUGCCAUUCGUUUCUGGUGUCCCUGGGGUACGUGGACCAGAAGGGCCACAGGGCCCCCCUGGACUUCCAGGACUCAAGGGAGAUGCGGGCAGCGUUGGUCUUCCAGGUUUGCCAGGAAUGAAGGGAGACCCUGGACUUCCAGGGCUGGAUGGUCGCCCUGGGCUAGAGGGAUUCCCAGGACCACAAGGGCCAAAGGGUGAUACAGGAGAUCCAGGGGUUAAGGGUGAACGAGGACAAGAUGGGAUAGGACUGCCAGGUCCUCCUGGCCCCCCAGGCCCCCCAGGAGAAGUCAUCUACCAGUCAAGUGAUGAUAAAAAAUUAUCUCUUUUUCCGGGCCCAGAGGGCAAACAAGGGCAUGCUGGCUUCCCAGGGCCAGUGGGACCAAAAGGGGACACAGGAAUCGCAGGUGUUCAAGGCCCUCCAGGACUGAAGGGUGAAAAGGGAGAGCCGGGAGUUAUCAUUGGCCCUGAUGGAACGGACCUAGCAGCUAAUACAAAAGGAGAAAAGGGUGAACCAGGCUUACAAGGACCUAUGGGACCACCAGGGCUACCUGGACGGCAUGGACAAAAAGGAGAAAUUGGAUUCCCUGGAAGACCAGGUCGCCCUGGUAUGAAUGGCCUGAAGGGAGAAAAAGGUGACCCAGCGGACUCAGGUGGAAAUCUGGGCUUAAGGGGUCCUCCUGGCCUCCCAGGCCCUCCUGGCCCCCCAGGUCCUCCGGGCAGCGUAGUGCCUGUUUAUGACAAUAAUGCAUUUGGCGACAUGGGCCCUCCUGGACCACCAGGAUUGCCUGGCUACCAUGGUACUCCUGGUGAGAAGGGAGAGAAAGGCGAGAUGGGUCCUCCAGGGCCCCCAGGCCAGUUCCCCUAUGACUUCAGCAGAUUUGGCUCCACCUUCAGGGGCGAAAAAGGGGACAAAGGUGAAACAGGGACAAAAGGCGAGAAAGGAGAGUCAGGUGGAGGAUCAUUUGGAUCAGGCAUCGUUGGACCUCCAGGUCCCCCAGGGUACCCUGGUCUUCCGGGCUCUAAAGGAGACAGUAUUAGGGGUCCACCUGGCCCUCCAGGACCCCAAGGACCUCCUGGGGCAGGAUAUGAGGGACGCCCCGGGAUCCCCGGCCCCCCUGGUCCACCUGGCCCUCCAGGACCACCUUCUUUUCCAGGAGCCCAUAGGCAAUCCAUUGGGAUUCCUGGGCCACCAGGGCCACCGGGGCCACCAGGGCCACCAGGCGUUAGUGAUAGAUCUCCCUCUUCCGGGCUGCGGAUCUUGCCAACCUACCAGAGCAUGAUAGGCAGAGCUCAUGAAGUGCCCGAAGGGCAGCUUGUUUUCAUCCCUGAGAGAGAAGAGCUCUACAUCCGCGUCCGCAGUGGUUUCAAGAAGAUUCUCCUCGAGGAAAAAGUGAGCCUCUCUGGCCCUGGGCUGGACAACGAGGUGCAUGAAAGGUUUUCCAGCGUCCACUACUCGCAUGGCGGCACGGCGGCCUCGGGAUCCCCACGCUUCGUCCAGCCGCAUUUGCCUGUGCAUUCGCACCGAGAAUACAGCACUUACUCCACUGCCAGGCCCUGGAGAGGGGACGACAGCAUCGCCAGCCAGCACCGCCUCCCCGAGCAGCCCCGCCAGGGAGCACAGCGCCACCAGGAGUCCCUGAACAGCCUGCUGCUUAACGGCCGCCAGCCCGAGGCGGCUCCCUCUGCUCACACGCACCACGAUUUCCAGCCUGCUCUGCACCUGAUAGCUCUGAACGCUCCCCUGAGCGGCAGCAUGCGUGGCAUCCGAGGAGCGGACUUCCAGUGCUUCCAGCAAGCCCGGGAGGUUGGCCUGACAGGCACCUUCCGAGCUUUCCUCUCCUCCCGGCUGCAGGACCUCUACAGCAUCGUGCGCAGAGCGGACAGGAGCACCGUGCCGAUCGUCAAUCUCAGGGAUGAAGUGCUCUUUAAUAAUUGGGAGAACCUCUUCUCAGGCUCUGAGGCAUCAUUUAGAACUGGGGCUCACAUCCUCUCCUUCGAUGGAAGGGACGUUCUGAGAGACUCGGCAUGGCCUCAGAAGUACGUGUGGCACGGCUCCGAUUCCAAAGGACGGCGGCUAACAGAGAGCUAUUGUGAAACAUGGCGGACAGACGAUGCUGUGGUGGCAGGCCAGGCCUCUUCACUGGCAUCAGGCAAGCUCCUUGAGCAGAAGAGCAGCAGCUGCAAGAAUGCCUUCAUAGUCCUGUGCAUCGAAAACAGCUUCAUGACUUCUUCCCAAAAAUAAAAGCCGCACACAACCGAAAGCGCUGACUGCAAGCAGAGGAUGGGAACCCAGACAUUUCUCUUAAGGAAUGGGGAGCGGGCCGCGGUUCCCCCACCCGUCCCCAGUCAGGAUUGUGUGUCCAGCCAGCUCCAUAAUAUACCGAUCAAGCAGAUGCAUGAGUGAAAGCCAAAGAGUGUCUUCCUACGAUGUCCAGGGCAGAUCUGGUGCUGAAUGUUUGUGUGUGUUUCCUCCUGGCAUGGCUGCUGCAAGCAAUGCAUGCCCACCUGAGGGGGUGGGGCAGAACAGGCUCCUGUGCAAGGCAAUCUCCAGGCAAGUGUGGUACAUGAAACGCUCUCACUCUCUUGCCUUAAUCUUGCCUGCCUUUAACCCUUGGAUUGCAUUUUCAUCCAGCUUCUCUGUUUGCCUUUUCCACUGCAAGCCAAACUACCCAGUUGCUCCUUGAAAAAAGAAAGCCGAGGCCAAGUAAGUGGUGUGCAUCAGGAAUGCUAUUUAUUGUGGUGGGCUAAACAUAAGAUGGCCGUCCAAAAGCAGAGAGGUGGUGACGGUGCUGCCGUUUGGGGUGAAUUCUUGUGGGCACAGCCUGUAGCCAUCUCUGCCCGCCAGGCCCUCUGGGCACAGCCUACCUUUAGAUUGCGAGUAUGGUGCUAAUGACACAAACUUAGACAGCACUGGGCCACAGCCAAAGGUGUGUAUAAACACUGAAGUGGUUUUUCUGUGGCUGCCCAGGGCAGCAGGAGGGACAAAAUUCCUGCCUCUCCCUGCACCCCUGCCGUCAAGAGCCAGGAAUCUGUCCUGCCGUUUGUCCCUCUGCAAAUAAUUGUUGGGGCUUGUUGAAUAGCUGUUUUCCCCCAGCUCUGCCUGACACACUAGCAGGCUGAACUAGUUGCUGAUGCCGUUCCAUUCCUGGCUGUAGAAGCAAAUAGCACUGUUCUUGUCAUGGCCCAGUUGCAAUUUCUGUUGCUGAAUUUGCAGUAUCCUCUGAUAAGACAUACCCAGGACUGUAAGAUUAAGACCACAAGUAUGCUUCUUUCCCACAUACCUUUUGCCCUUUAUCUAGCUCUGUAAGCUUCAGGUCAGCCAUGCUAACAGCCUUAUGUAAGAUUUAAUGCAUUCUCCUUAGGGGCCGAGCGGAAGUAGAAUUGAAUCCAAAGUUUCCAUGCAUUCAUUUUAAAGUGUUUUUAAACAUUUCUCUUGUCUAGUCUUCUAUCUUUUUACAGAAGAAUGGAUUGAUGCUGAACUCCUGGAGUUCACAUUAGUUUUCAGAACCCUAGAGCACACCUGCUGACACUCCUUGUCCUGCAGCUUGUUGGCAAGACACCACAGCUCCGUGGAGUUCAUGCCGUGCACGCAGGAGGUCCUGGGUGGAAAUCUUCACUCACAAGUAUCUGAUAACAGAUAAUGCGAACCAAGACACUGGAGAACCAUUACCCCUUAAGCACAGGCAGUCAGGCUCCAUGGGCCCUGAAGAAGCUGCCUUCCAGCAAGUAAUGACUGUAAUCUUCCAUUUAUAGUUCUCCCAAAUCCUUACUGAAUUUGUUUCAGGCCCCAAACCCCAGUUUGCAUUUGCUCCCAAAUCAGAGUUAGGAAAGACUUACCCCCUUCAAACCAACAGCCACCUCAACCCCACUCCUUUCAGUGCUACAGUAGGAGCCCCUCAGUCCAAGCUGUUCUCAGCUGCUGCACACACAACCGCGCUUUCAACGCAUUAAGCAGGGAGGUGCCUGGCUCCGUGCUGCUGUUGCAGAGUCUGGAAAGGACAGCCUGCAGUACAGGCAGCUUAAGUCCAGUCCGGCUUUCCUCACUACCCAAAAUCACAGCUAUGCAGGGUCACAGCCCGUCAGCAUUUAAGCCAUCUUCAGGCCGGAUGCACAGCAAAGCCAAGCCUUGAGGCCUUCCCUGCCUGUAGGCUCCAGCAUGACUCAACCUCUGCCACUUCAAGGCAGAGGCUUGGGGCAUCCCAGCUCUGUUUUGAACAGGAAUGUAUGAACAUUUGAGUUGGAUGUGAGAAAGAAAGGUGCUAAAUUUCUAUAGCUUUUUGGGGGGUUUGCUGUCAACACGAAAUCUGUGCAAGUCACACAGUCUAUUUCUGUCUACUGUAUUUUGUGAAAAAAUUGAAUGCGAAAGUGAAAGAAUUGAAUGCAGUUUUUAAAGCCUGUGGAUCUCUCUAUCUUUGUCAGUUGUGUGUUGUGUUCUAUAAACUGUUUUCUAAAAGCACUGAAUAAAGGAAAGUAUCCUCUUUUAA